GGCUGUCUUCGAGAUCAUGUGGAGGUGAUGGUGAUGAGCUGGAGGCAGAGGCCGUUGCCUACAACACCGCCAAGCUGAAGCUCUCGCUGGUAGCGCGGAGCGUGGAGACAGGUGCAACGGCCAUGGCCAUUGCCUUUGAUGUGCUGGCGAGCGUCUGGGCGAUGGUAUCGGAGAUGGAGGUUGUCGGCGAUUCGCCUCGGCUCACCCUGAUGGUGUAUGUGGCCCUGCUCGGCGCAGUGGUGCUGGUCACCAGCUUACCCAGUGCUGCCUGGUCGACCUUUGUCAUCGAGAAGCGAUUCGGGUUCUUCACCGGAUCGAUCUGGCUCUGGCUGGGCGAUACGGCCAAGUCUGCGGUGGUGGCUGGUGUCAUCGGGCUCCCGCUGGCGCUCGCGCUGGACGCUGCGCUUGCAUGGGGCAGCACGUCUGGCAGUGCGUACCUCUACGCAUGGGCUGUGCUUGUCAGCGCCUCGGUCGUCCUUCUCUUUGCCCACCCGCGGCUCAUUGCGCCGUGCUUCAACACCUUUACACCGGCGUCGGACGCCCUACUUGCCCGCAUCACCACGGUGGCCAACAAGGCCGGCUUUCCGCUCGGCGAGGUAAUGGUCAUGGACGGCUCGCGAAUGAGCAACCACUCGAACGCGUACAUGUACGGCAUGUGCUCGGCUAAGCGCAUCGUGCUCUUUGACACUCUCCUCGACCAGGUCGACCAGGACGGCGUUGUCGCCAUCCUCGGUCACGAGAUGGGCCACUACGUGCUCGGCCACACGUGGUGGAACCUCAUCAUCGUCCAGGCCUAUGCUCUGGGCUUCCUCUAUGCCUUUUCACAGGCGAUGGCCUGGCCUGGCCUUGUUGAGGCCUUUGGCUUUGGCUUUGGCUUUGGCGCUGACGGCAGCGCCGGCGAUCUCCCACCGCACCUCAUCCGGCUCGUCGUCUUCUCGUUCCUUGCGGUCCCUGUCGAUGCCGCAGUCUCGCUUGGCAUGCACAUGCUCUCGCGCAAGUUUGAGUACGAUGCCGAUGCCUAUGCGGUGGACCUCGGGCUCGACCUGGUUCCGCCGCUGCAGGCCCUCCAUCGCGAGAACAAGUCCAUGUCUGAUCCGCACCCACUCUACUCGGCCUACCACUACACCCAUCCGCCGGUCACCGAGCGCGUUGCCGCCAUCAAAGCGCGGAUGGAGGCUCGUGGCCGAAAGACACAGUAG